AUGGCGCAAACUGCCAUGGGUAGGCUCUUUCGCUGGCCGGGCGCCCUCGGCCAGUCGAUGACCUUUUCCCAAGUCCGCAAUUAUUCUGGAUCAGCUGUGCCGACUUUCACCCCGACUUCCUCCGCCGAACUGGACCAGGCCCUUGACCGAUUCCGACAACAGCUUUUUAUUCCCUAUGGUCUUCCCAGGCGGCAACGGAGAAGCAUGUUCCAAGAAAAGCAUGCGCAAAGGCUAAUUCACGAACCCAUCACUGUCAGCAUCGGCGAGAAUGAGCAGUUCACUUUGCGACCCAUGAAGCUCACCGAUCUGCCAACCAAAAAGGAGGCCCUGAAGGUUCUCAAGCUUAUGGAGGCUGCCAACGAUUACAAGAACCUCGUUCCCUUCAUGGGCGGCCUGGGAUCGGCCGGCUUUGUUCUCAAUUCCAACCAGUGGGAGCACCUAAUUCGUGUGACCAACAAGUCUAGCAAGCUUUCUGUCAUGCUUCAAUGCGCCAAACAACAAAGCCGCACCGGCCUGCAACUACGCGGAAUCGACCUGAACAGACGCUUGUUCUUUGAACUGCACACUAUUGCCCAGAAGGCGGAAUACAAGGGCGAAGAGGUGAAGAAGGCCAUGGGGUUUGCGAAGCAGGCGAUCGAAUUGAUUGAGGCAGACCGCUACGUGGACAAGAACUGGAAGCCUGCACCGACUAGUGACCCUCUGGCUCAACCUUUUGUCACUGGCACUUUGCUGGAGCUCGCCGCUUCCCGGGCGAUCAACGAGUUUGGUGGCAAGGAUGAAACCAAUGAAGUCAUCAGCGCUGCCCGGAAGCUGGUCCAUUCCAAGCUUUUGUCCCGAAAUGAAACUGCCCCUGCUAGUGAAUAUAUCGGGGACCAAGAGAAGUGGCUUCAGGAGACAGUCCCGAUCUACAAUGGACUUCGAUUGAGUCUCUUGGUCCAUGGCAUUGCUCUUGACAAGGAGCUGCACUCGUCUCUUACGUCCAAGCUUGCCAAGGUCAAGGCUGCACUCGAGGAGCAGAUGGCUAAAUACUCUGCUGAGGGCGCGAGACGUCCAUUCAGCUAUGAUACCUUCCAAGCUGCGCUCAAGGAAUAA